AUGAUCAAUAUUUCCGGUCGAAGGUUCAGUAGGCUGUUUAAAAUAAGUGCUAUUGUAUUAUGUGUAUUUAUAAUAAGUGCCGUGUUCCUCUCCAGUAACAGGGGAUUAUAUAAUGUAACAGGUUUAGAAAACAAUAAUGAGCCCAGUUUUGCAUCUGAUCCUUCAAUAAAGAAGACUUUCUCAAGUAUAUUCGAUGCCAUUAAAAAACAUUCACCUGAUAAAGAAGUGGUAAGAAAGAAAAACGACAACUGUCUUUUAGAUGGUACCGUUGGCACUGGUAACAACGAUGUAAAGAACUGGCAUAGGUUGUCUCAAAAAUCAAUGGAAGGUUGUUUGGAACUGAGCGAUAGUGAGAUCAACACAUUGAAAUCAAAACACGAUGCUUACAUUCAGUCAUUAGAGGAAAUUGCUGUUGAAAAGAUUCAUUACAAAGGGAAAGGUAUCGCGAUUGUUGGGGGUGGUAAAUUCUCGUUAUUGGCAUUCUUAGUAGUCAAGACAAUACGAAAGUUUGAAACAACUUUACCAAUUGAGAUUUUUAUUCCACCUCAAGAUGUGGAGGAUGAGCUUGAAUUCUGUCAGCAGCUAUUACCAGAAGAUAAUGCUAAGUGUAUAUACCUAUCUGACAUAUUACCAAGCCAGGAUAUCAAAAAAUAUGAAUUUAAGCGAUAUCAAUAUAAGUCUUUGGCUAUUUUAGCGUCAUCCUUCGAUGAUCUAUUACUUAUCGAUGCCGAUAACUUUCCAAUAAAAAAUCUGGAUGGAAUAUUUGACAACGAACCAUAUACUUCAACAGGGCUAAUUCUGUGGCCUGAUUUUUGGCGAAGAAGUGCCAAUCCAAAAUUUUAUGAGAUCACUGGCAUAGAACUGGAUACAAAGAAAAGAGUUAGAAAUGCAAUAGACGAUUUAACUCCUCCAGAAGUAUACACUGAGGAUUUUAGUAAACUCGCUGAUGUUCCAUUCCACGAUUUCUCUGGAACAUUGCCGGAUCCUUCAACAGAGUCUGGUCAAAUGAUGAUAAAUAAAGGAAAACAUAUGAAAACUUUACUUCUUGCAUUAUAUUAUAAUGUCAAUGGACCAUCUUGGUACUACCCAAUACUAUCACAAGGUGCUGCAGGGGAAGGUGACAAAGAAACAGUUAUUGCUGCUGCUCUGCACAAUAAAGCUAAGUUCUACCAAGUGAAAUUCAAAACAGGCGUAGAAGGCUACCAUCAAAGCAAUGGCCGUGGUUUUAGAGGUGUUGCAAUGCUUCAACAUGACUUUGUACAAGACUUUGCCAGAUACGAGGAUGCAACCGCCAGGAUCAAGGAAUUAUACUCAACUGAAUCAUUUAAACAAUUCGAUAGUGGGUACUCUAUAGAUGCAUUCUAUGAAAAAUACAUUUCUCAAGUCAAUACAGAUAUACCUGAAGAAAAAAGGAAGAUCGAUGUUUUAUUUGUUCAUUCUCAUUUGCCUAAAUUUGACCCAGUACCACUAUGGCAAUCUCAAGAUUUAAUAGAAGAUGGGAAGCACUUCAGAUCUUACACCUCUUUAAAGAAGAUCAAUUAUUUUGAUAUCGAAUUACAAAACUUUGAAAUCUUUGAUAAAUAUAUUUGUCAAGAUACAAUUGCUUUUCCUUACAUAAAAAACGAAGUCAAAGAUGCAGACAUGCCAGAUUUGUGUAAUUACAUCAAAAAUCGUUUGUCCUAUCUUCAAGAAACACAUGAAUCGGUUACAUCUGUUGCUUAA